UGGACCGUGCACGAAUUGAAGCCAUCAACCCACGAAUUCCAUCUCGCUUUGCACCAACCAUACCAAAAUCGUAAAAUUAACACCAAGAAGAGGGGAAAUUAAAAACGAAUAAAAUUGAAAGUAAUAGGGUAAAAAAUGGGUGAUAUGUUUGAGAUCUGUCGAUCCGUUCCGUAGAGUUUGGAGUCUACUCCAAGUAACGAAGGGUGGCGUUCGUGUCCGCCCUCGUGAUCUCUCGUGGUCGCCCCCGACGCGUUCCUUCGAACCCUGGCCGCAAUUACCGCGGAUCUCGUGGGGAAUUUAGGGAUCGGAGGGCGAUUUGGUGGGUUCUUGGAUCGGUGGCGCGGAAUUCUGGCUUCGGUGGGAUUAGGGUUUCCCGGCGCGGCGACGGGAUGAUCAUAAAGAGGAGCCAGAGGGUGGUAAUGCCGACCCUGAAGCGGUGCAAUGCCGAGGUCACCGUCGGUGACGGCGAGGGCGACGGCGCCGGGAAACGCCGGAAGAGGCGGAGGGAGGGGGAGUCAUUCCCUCUCGAGGUGCUGGGGGACGUCGCCGCCGCCGGAGGGUUCCCGUACGUCGCCCUCGGGUUCGGGCGGUGUCUGGGUGGAGAGGACGCCGCCGCCGGCGCCGCCGAUGCAGUGGCUGCUUCUUGGUGCAGCGAGGUCUCCUGCUGCUCCGGUGAGAUGGACUCCGUGUCGCGGAACCGGCGGAUAAGGGAGAGGGAACGAACCCGUGAGGCGGCGCCGCCGGAAGUGCGGCCGCCGGUGGUUCGGACCUCGAGAGGCCGCGCGCAGACGCUCCCCUCCAGGUUUAACGAUUCCGUACUCAUCGACCCUUGGAAGAAGGAGAAGCCCAAGACAAAAGCUCCGGACACUGACUCGGAAAUCAAGGCUGAGCCAAUGGAACCUCGAAAAGAGAACCGUAGCUAUAAGAGUUCCAGCCAUAGUUCCAUCUUCCCUGUUUCAGUUGCAUUGUUUGAUGAAGAAGAAAGAUACCGUGCAUGCAGAAAUAUCAGCUUGGAGAAGCACUCGGUGUCACAGAGUACUUCGACAUCUCUUUGUGAGGGUCUUGAGACAAGGGAGGAGAGACGGCCAAAUCCGCGUUUCCGUUAUCCGGCAAAGAAAGAAAAGCUGCAGAAGAAAACGUUAGAACAAGGGAAGGAUUACCAUCGACUGGAGGAGUUUGCUUGUGGCGAUAUUGUUUGGGCGAGGCCGGGGAAGAAUUGUCCAGCUUGGCCUGCAAUGGUAAUCGAUACAAUGCAGCAAGCUGUGCGACAAAUUACAGACGCCUACAUCCCUGGUGCCAUCUGUGUGAUGUUCUUUGGAUACUCUGGAAGUGGAAACGAGAGGCAGGAGUACGCAUGGGUGAAGCAGGGAAGGGUUUUUCCCUUUAUUGACUAUGUAGACAGAUUUCAGGGGCAGACAGGGUUGCAUGGCUGCAAGCCAAACAAUCUGAGAAUAGCCAUAGAGGAGGCCUUCUUAGCUGAACAUGGUUUCACAGGGGUGCAGGUUGAUGGGAUGAGUACAAGUGGGGAACCUGCUUAUGUUUCUGGGAUCAAGGAGGCAACUGGUUCAAACCAUGAUGAGGAGUGCCAAUCAGAGAACAAGCCUUUUAAAUCAAAACAAUAUCGUGGAAUAUGCAUGAAGAGUUGUCAUCAUAAAGAUGACAAGAAAUGGGUUCGUUGUUAUGCAUGUCGAUAUUGGGUCCAUGCAGGAUGUGACAAAACCUAUAAGAAACUUCAGCAGAGCAUUGAUUAUUUUUGUUCAGAGUGCAAGUCGAAGUUUAAUUUUGAGUCAUCAGAUACAGAGAAGAAUCACUCACAAAUUAGAUAUGUCCCUAAUUGUGGGCAAGAUACCAAACUAGCGUUUGAUAAGGUUGCAGUUUGGUGUUUUGGCAUGGAGGGAAUAUACUUGCCGGAGCAACAUGUAAUUUCUUGUCAUUGUACAUCAUGCAAGGAGAAGAAGUUUAUGCUUACUGAAUGGGAGCGACAUACUGGAUCAAAAACGAAAAACUGGAGGUCAAGCAUUAAAGUCAGAAGUACAAAUAUGGCACUGGGAAAAUGGUUAGAGCGUUAUCAUUCUAGUAUGGUUUCCACAAACCACACUAAACGGCCAUCUACAAAAUUAAGGAAACAAAAGCUACUUGCUUUCCUGCAAGAAGCAUAUGACCCGGUGUAUGUUAAGUGGACAACCGAACGGUGUGCAAUCUGCAGAUGGGUUGAAGAUUGGGAUUAUAACAAAAUCAUUAUCUGUAACAGAUGCCAAAUAGCAGUCCACCAGGAAUGCUAUGGAAUGAGAGGAAAACAAGAUUUCACCUCCUGGAUCUGCCGAGCAUGUGAAACACCUCAACAAAAGCAAGAGUGCUGCCUCUGUCCUGUAAAAGGGGGUGCUCUCAAGCCAACUGAUGAUGAGAUGCUAUGGGUCCAUGUUACUUGUGCCUGGUUUCAGCCUCAAGUCUCUUUUGCAAGCCAUGAAACAAUGGAGCCUGCUGUUGGCAUAUUGGACAUACCAUCAGAGUCUUUUGUGAAGGUUUGUGCUAUAUGCCGUCAAAUGCAUGGUUCUUGCACGCAAUGCUACAAGUGUUCUACCUAUUACCAUGCUAUGUGUGCAUCAAGAGCAGGAUAUCGCAUGGAGUUACGCUGUCUGGAAAAAAAUGGGAAGCAGAUAACAAAGAAGGUAUCAUACUGUGCUCAUCACUGGGCUCCAAAUCCAGAUACUGUCUUAAUUAUACAUACUCCUCAAGGAGUAUUUUCUUCCAAAAAGAUGAUUCAGAAUAACAAAAAACAGACCGGUACAAGACUAAUUAGGAAAGGCAUUCUCCAUGGCUCAGACAUCCUUGUUCAGAAUUCUGAAACUCCAUCUGCUGCAAGGUGUCUAAUGUAUAGAAAUAUAGAAAUUAAGACGAAAGACAAAGAGGCCAUAGCGCACCGAGUUAUGGGCCCUUCUCAUCAUUCUCUGGAUGUGGUUCAAUGUUUAAAUGCACCUAAGGAAGAGAAAGAUCUGGAGCUGUUCUCUACAUUCAGGGAGCGGCUUUACCACUUGCAGUCAACAGAAAAAAAUAGAGUUUGUUUUGGUAGAUCUGGAAUACAUGGAUGGGGUCUCUUUGCUCGUAGGAACAUUCAAGAAGGAGAAAUGGUUAUUGAGUACCGUGGUGAGCAGGUCAGACGUAGUGUUGCAGACCUAAGGGAAGCACGCUAUCGAUUGGAAGGGAAGGGUUGCUAUCUUUUUAAGAUCAGCGAAGAAGUAGUGGUCGAUGCUACUGAUAAAGGAAACAUAGCACGUUUGAUAAACCAUUCAUGCAUGCCCAAUUGCUACGCUAGGAUCAUGAGUGUUGGUGAUGAUGAGAGCCGGAUUGUUUUGAUAGCUAAGACAAAUGUCUCUGCUGGUGAAGAACUAACAUAUGACUAUUUAUUUGACCCUGACGAAAGUGACGAAUGCAAAGUCCCUUGUCUCUGCGAAGCUCCAAACUGCCGAAAGUUCAUGAACUAGGUAUGGAAUUUUUAUACCCAUUUUUUUGGAAGAAUGUGUCUCUUUCUUCCUCCCAUCAGAGUCAAAUCUUUUAGCUUGUAUUCAAUCCCCCCCCCCCAGUUCCCCCCCUUUUUUUUUUCCCCUAAUAAGUUUGAUGUUAAAGGUGAAUUCGAAUAACAGGCCAUACAUUCUUUGUAAAUCAACUUAGCGCAUGCAGUAAGUAGCAGCCACGGUUUCAUUCAAAGUAAUGCAGCAUUUCUUUUCGAAAAA